AAAUUGAUUUAAAUUUAAAUUGAAUUUUUUUAAUGCUGUAAAAUCCUUUUGAAGAGGGAACCGAAAACUAAAUAUCCUCUCUCUGCUAGCGCUCUCCGAAUUUGGCUCCUCCUUACCCACCGCCAUCGCCACCCAUCGCUGCCGCGGGCUCCUACCUGAUACAUCAUCCUACCUCUUUCGAAUAUGAAAUUGAUUACUUUUUAUAACCUUUAAUUUUGUCGCUAGAAGAUCCGAACCCUUAGGUCUUGUGUUUCAAAGUCUGAAUCUUUUUAAGAUGGGAAAGAUCUCAAUAGCUAAUUCUCGAUACAGUUACAUAAACGAGGGUGAGUGGCCUUCUGGGUCAGUUGAUAUUCACAAUAUCAUUGUACGGAAGAGUUUUGUGAAGUCUUUCUUUGUACCCAUUCUUGUUUUUGUUCUGCUUCUACCAAUUGCCAGCUAUUUCUUCUCUUUCAAGCAGGAAAAUUCAGCCACUCUUCUUUUGUGGAGCUUUCUGCUGAGUGGACUUCUUGUCAUAUUAUUAUUGCUUUGGAAGCCUGUUGACAAAGAGUCUGUCAUCAUAAUGCCAGCCUUUGGAGUUCAGCUUGAAACUCACUAUUCUAGUGGAAGAAUCAUCCGCAGAUUUAUUCCUGCCGGUGAGAUUUUGAAACCUGUAUUAUUAGAAUGUGUUACCCCAGUAACUUGUUAUUGGAGCCUCUCUUUACUUGUGCGUGGGAAGGAAGAGCUGAUGUUGGUAUUCAAGGAACUUCGCCCUCCAACGAAGAUGUUGCUUCCCGUAUGGAAGGCCUUGUGUGCUAGCAUUGACAACAAAGAAAGUCCUGUCACAUAUAGGGAAGAUGGUUGAUGUCAUGGCCAUUACAUUUUUAUAUGUAUGCACAUCAAUUAGCAGAAAGAUAUCUGGAUUGCUGCACGUUAUACAGAUAGUGGAAAAAGCAUUGUCGUCAAAGUUCAAGAAACUAAUCCAUUAUUGUAGAAGAGGAUGGCCAUUAGAGAUCAUUGGCAAGUUUUCUGUCUGUUGCAAAAGGAAAUAGCUGAUGAGCUUUCAAACUCAAUUCAACAAGAAACCAUGUGCCCAUACU